AUUUUUCAAGGCCCGGAAGUCAUCAACUCAAGACAAAAGCGUACAUUGCCAGUCAAAUCACAACAGAAAUCCGCACAAACAACCUCCAAUGUAAAAAUGCUGAUUAAAGAAGAACUUCGACUUUUACAGAACCAAAUCUGUGCUAAAGAUGAAACGCUUUGCCGCUCGGGACCAAAAGGUAACACAGGACGACGAGGAAGGCCUGGUAUCCGAGGAAGACCAGGUCCCCCUGGGAGACCCGGGCCUGAGGGGCCUCCUGGUAAACAUGGACCAAUAGGACAUCCAGGGCUAAUGGGUAUAAAGGGGGAUCUUGGAGUUCCGGGUGACCCUGGUCCCGUGGGGCCUCGAGGCCCGCCAGGCCAGAAAGGCGUAAAAGGUGAGCCGGGCCAGUCCAUCUCGGCUCCAUCUCUACUGCAGCGUCCUGUUGAAACUAUAGUCAAUAAAAGUCAGACAGCCAUCUUAAAAUGUACAGCCGACGGUAAUCCAUCACCCAAAGUCAUAUGGUCUAAAAUGAACUCAUCACUUCCUGUGGGGCGUCAUGUUGUGGAGUCCAGUGGCGCGUUGACUGUGAGAGACGUCAGGCCUGGAGACGAGGGCGACUAUAGCUGCAGAGCUGAAAAUUUGCUGGGCAGCGUGAAUGCUACAGCGAAACUUGUUGUUCAUUGUAAGUUUAAGUCCUUACCAAAUAUAGUCCCUAGUGUUUCGAUUUUUAAAAUUGACUUAGCUAGGAUCUGGCCUGCAAAGUACGCCACUCGAGUAAACAUUGCCCCCCCGGGGGGGGACUCCGCAUAUGAAAGGGGUAGGGAUGCUCGUCGGAAAUGUUGAAUUAAACUCCUAAAGGAGACCGAUCUGGGCGUAGCCCAAGCUUUUUUUGACCCCUAAAAGAGACCAUGUUAAAACAUAGACAACAUCAGGAGCCGGGUGAUAGGCUCCUGACAAUAUGUAUAUUUUGAUAUUUUUUCGCGUGCAACCCUAAACGAGACCUUCACGGCUAAAUAUGAUGGCGUUUUGCGUAGAACACCCUAACUGAAACCAAAAUCCGAAAUUUACACCCCUAAGCGAGACAACGAGCAUCCCCACCCCUUUCAUACGCGGAGUCCCCCCCCCCGGGAACAUUGCCCUUCUUAUUCCUCAGCUCUCCUUGCCUUGAAGCAAAGUUAUGACCAGUAGACCCAUUUUGGUAAUAAAAGGCAGCACUCGCCUUGCGGACACCCCGCUAUAAGGGACAACCCUAUAAUACCGACAUGACAGCAGCUAAAUCCCAGGCAAAAAUGAAUUACAGAUGUUUGACUGAAAUAGAUUCUCGUUAUUAUAAGGUGCCUAUAGUGUCCGCUAUAAAGGAGUUGCCUGCGUGCAGACUUCUGUAAGGAAACAGGAGACGUCUGCACGCAGGCAAUAAAGGAGUUGACUGUAAACUCGACGGUACAUCGCGUUAAUCAAAAGGCAUAUGUGGCAAAUUAAAGGAGGUAAACACUGCAAUAUCACAUGACAGAAAUCUUUUCUGUAUCAUUGCCUAUGUUUUGCUUUUUCAUUACCAAAAAGAAUAAUUCAUUUGUAUCCCUACAUUUCCAACGACGAAUAUAAUCCCUAUGUUUUAUCUGGUGGUUUCCAUAAAAAAACGUUCGAAACCUUCUGAACAGUUACUGUAUGAAAGCAAAGGGCCGGUUAUUCUUUUUUGCCUGACGCUUUUACCUUGACUCCGUUUAUCGUGAACAGUUUAACGGAGGGUACAUUAGAGAAACACUAAUCUUCUUAAAAUAACCCAUUAGAAAGAGAUAUGGAAUUCCAGUGAUUUCUUAACCGCGCCAUAAGUUAUACUUUUUAUAAAUAACUGACCCAGGGGGUCAUGUUUGUACAUCAGUUCAAGCGGGAUAAACUUGUUUUGGAAUUUACAUGGAUGCCGAGUGCCAUAUAUUUUUUUUUCGAUGAUUUAUUUUUUUGCAGUUACUCCUCAGAUUUCUUUGUCAUUCCAAACGCUGAUGACAGAGGAGAAACGAAACACCACUAUCGCCUGCACUGCUCCUGGUCAGCCGCAACCCAGUAUCAUGUGGUCUAAGUCAGUCGGUUCUUUACCGAAAGGAAGAAAUAAAGUGAUAAACGGAGCACUAACAAUCUACAAUGUAACAAAGAAAGACAGGGGAAUAUACAUUUGUAAGGCAGAAAAUACUCUGGGAUCAGCGUCAGACACGGUCCUACUUAUGGUAUUCUCUCCUUUGCGAUUUAAAGUUCUUCCUCCGCCGGAGGUGACUCCUGAUAUUGCUUCCACUCUCCGUUUACCGUGUGUAGCUGAAAGUGAACUAAAGAUGUCAAUCACUUGGACAAAAGACGGAAUAUCCUCACUUCCGGUAGCUUCAAGUGUCCUUAGAAACGGAACUCUAGUCAUUGCUAACGUCAAAACAUCACACCGAGGGUCUUACACUUGUAGGGCGAGUAAUGCUCUUACCUCAAUAGAAGCUAAAGUCAAAGUCAACUCUCCAGUUGCAACUACCUCCUGUUCCCUGAUAAGACAAAAAUUCAGCAGUUUAAGUAGCAGGAAUUAUGUCAUUGAUCCAGAUGGCGAGGGAGGCCUGGCACCAUUUACUGUAUAUUGUGACAUGGCUGACAAGAAUGGCGUUGGUGUGACAGUUAUCAGUCACGACAGUGAGAGCAGAAUAAAGGUGCGUGAUGGUCUCGGUUGGGGAGGUGGAGGUAGCUACUCACGCGACAUUCAUUACACUGGAGCGAGUCUGUCUCAGCUGGCAAGUCUAACCAGAGUCUCCGCACACUGUGAACAGUUUAUCAAGUACGAGUGUUAUAAUUCGGUCUUGCGACUAUACAGAAGCAACCCAUACGGAUGGUGGGUGUCACGUGAUUCUUCUAAGAUGAGGUACUGGGGUGGAGCAUCUGUCAGUGGUAAGUGCGCAUGCGGGAUGACCAAUUCAUGCCCAGAACCCAGUUAUGGCUGUAACUGUGAUAAGAAUGACCCAGUAUGGCGCGAAGACAGCGGUCUCCUGACUGACAAGACAAAGCUUCCAGUGAAACAGCUCAGGUUUGGUGAUGCAGGGAAUAGCGGCAACCAAGGUUAUCAUACUCUUGGAAAACUCAAGUGUUACGGCUCAUCAUAG